CCAUCUCACCUGGCAACCAUGAAAAAGGCAGAUGUCAGUCUAUAAAAAGAGCAGUAAGUGUCCUUGGCUUUCAGACUUCAACAUCCUUCCACUGCCAAGAUGUGGCACCUCAAACUCUUUGCAGUGCUCAUGAUCUGCCUGCUGCUGUUGGGCCAGAUAGAUGGCUCCCCAGUACCAGCACUGAGCUCAUCAAAGAAAAGGCCGCGAAGAAUGACCCCAUUUUGGAGAGGAGUUUCCCUCAGGCCCAUUGGAGCCUCUUGCCGGGAUGAUUAUGAGUGUGUCUCCAGGCUAUGCAGAAAAAGACGCUGUUCCUUGACUGUGGCCCAGGAAUGAUGUACAUACCAGGGGAAGAACAAACAGCGGUCAGCUCCAACAAUGCUCCGUUCUAUGGAAUAUUGAUUAACUGCAUUUUGGCUGGAGAUACACAAAUGAAGCAAUAUUAUGUUUUUAAUAUUUAAAGACAUAUGAUGCUUUAAAUCGGUCUCCAUUUUUUCUUAGAAUGUUGAUAUGUGGAUAAGCAUAACUAAAUUUAUCAGUUAGAGUUUAUUUUUCUAUGGAUACUAUUAAAUAACUCAAAUUGAAA